GGAAGCGGAGAAAGGGCGACGUGUGCGGGCGGGCAGCAUGGCGGGGCGGCUGGAGCCGCACCUGGAGGCGCUGCGGCGGGAGCUGCGAGCGCCCGACCCCACCGUGCUCUCCGUCCUCUUGGCGCUGCUCGUCGUCGCCGUCACGCUCCUGGUCUGGAGGUUCGUGCAGGGCAGGAGGAGCAGUCGGAAGGCGGUGCUGCUGCUGGGCCUCUGCGACGCGGGGAAGACGCUGCUUUUCGCGCGGCUGUUGACUGGCAAAUACCGGGAUACCCAGACCUCGAUAACUGACAGCUCUGCAGUUUAUAGAGUCAGCAAUGACAAGAGUGCUAGCGUGACCUUAAUCGACCUUCCAGGCCAUGAGAGUUUGCGGCUUCAGUUCUUGGAGAGGUUCAAGGCUGCAGCCAGAGCCAUCGUGUUUGUGGUGGACAGUGUGGCCUUUCAGCGGGAGGUGAAGGAUGUGGCGGAGUUCCUGUACCAGGUCCUGGUCGAUAGCACUGUGCUCAAAAAUGCACCUGCGCUGCUGAUUGCUUGCAAUAAGCAAGAUGUCACAACAGCAAAAUCGGCAAAACUUAUUCAACAGCAGCUGGAGAAAGAGCUCAACACCUUACGAGUGACCCAUUCUGCAGCCCCUACCAGUCUGGAUGGCUCAGCCACUGGGGGCCCUGCCCAGCUGGGGAAGAAGGGCAAGGACUUCGACUUCUCCCAGCUACCCAUGAAGGUAGAAUUUGUGGAGUGCAGUGCUCGGGGCAGUAAGGGAGAAGAAGGAGAUGCUGACUUCAAGGGCCUUGAGAAAUGGCUGGCCAAGGUUGCCUGAACAGAAGAGAGCAUAGCUGGAGGGAGAGACUUGGGGAGGCUGGCGGGGGUAGGACACUUGGAGACUGAAAGGAAAAAGAUGGCCUGAAGCACUCAAAUCUCAUCUUGCUGUAGAAGAAAAUUCAGCUGGAAACCAGCAUUGCAGUGUCUUCCUCCACUGUUCAUGGGCUUGGAAGCAACAUGACAAUUGCUGGCAUGAUUUCCUCUGACUGUCUCUUCACACUGCAACAUUUUUUUUCCUCUCCCCUCUUCCUUUGUCUUCCUCUGGGAUGCUGACCCUUUGGAAUUCUGUGUUUCCUUAAUCUUUAGGCUUUUAAUUUGGGAGUUGCAAAUUAGGAAGGAGUGAACCGCCAGGUGAGUUUGAGAUUGGAGUCUGCGUGUUGGUUCUGCCUUGGUUUAGCAUUGCAAUCCUGUUACCUCUUGGAGCUACUGAUCACCUCCUGAUUCUGACUUCUUUCCCUAGCCUCUCACUGCUUGGGAGCACUGUGCGCAUCAUCUGUGCUGCCCCAGCAAAGUGCACAAACUCUCUCUGUUGGGCAGUCAUUGUGGAGAGUAUAAAAACCUGUUUACCUCUGUUUCCCCUACCUUCUUGUUCUUCCAAACUGAUGCAGUCUUGUUUCCGUGGGACUGGAGUGGUCUAUUAGAUGCCAAGACCAGGCUGGCUGAUCUGCCUUCGUCACUGUGCACUGCCUGCAUCCUUUGGUGCGUCUUUGCAUGAUUUCCACUGUUGGACAGUUCUUGGGAGCUUUUCCUUUAAUGUAGGCCUAUGUCCUGAAAGCUUGUUUCACUCUGCUUCUCCUUCCCAUACUUCAGGCUCUUCUCCCACAGAUAUCUGUGCACGCUCUCCUAUAACUCUGCCACUUGUAGGGUCUUAGCUUGAGACCUUGAGGCAGGCAUUUUUUUUAGAUUUAUGCCUACAUUUUACAUGAGAUCUGGCAUGACAGGUGUUUACUGUGCAGUCCCCUUCUGUCUCCUGUGUGAUCUCAACUGUUAAUCUUGCAGGGAAGAUCGAGGGGAUGCCUGUUGCUGUAGCUGUCGCAGUGGCUGAGCAGGCUGCUGGAGGCUGGUAGUGUUGGAGGGCUCUGAUUCAGUAUGCUUCUGAACUUCUCAAAGGACGCUGCUUUCCUUCCUAUGCUCUUGGCAGGGCCAUGGGCUAUCCAAAGGGAGAUCUUCCGGCAGCAUUGGUGUUGGUCAGGUGGGAGACAAGACCCUGGUUCUGUGCUGGACAUUCAGCUUCCCCUUCCUGAACAGCCUUAAAACACAGUUGCCCUAGGCAGCAGCUUUGUGUAGCUUUGUGCUCUGAUGGGGUGCCAUUUCUGUGCAGCACCUAUGUGAGGAUGAUUGCUCUCCAAGAUGCUACACUGCAGAUUGCGAGGUCCUAUAGCAUUGAAUUUUUUCUUGCUUUUUUUUUUGUUGUUUCCCGUUUUGUUUUGGGGUAGGAGGGAGAGGCUGGCUUCUGGCAGACCUUUUCAUUCCUUUGCAGGCUCCUUUCUGGUUUGAUGUUUCCUGCAUCACUCAACGGAUCUGUUGUAUUCUUUUUCCUUUCUGUCGGGGGCAUUCUCUGCCUCCCUGUAGCAUUGCCAGGUGUUAGUAGCAUCAGGAAGAGCAAGGCUGCCUCUUGCAAAGACCUGGCUCAUGAUGGAGUUGGGCCUUGGAUUUUCAGUCUUGUGAACACAGUGGCUCUUCUACUGUCCAUGCAGGAGGUGAGGAGGGACAUAUUUAGGAAGUAUGUUAUAUUCUUAUAUUUCCUGCAGCCAGAGCAUUGCUGGAACAUGCUUGCCAUGCUUUGUACUCCCUUAGCUGGAGCUUCUUCCCAGGCUGCCUGCUUUGAAUCUAUAAUGCUGAAGUGAGAAUAUUGCUAUUUCUUUGGGUGGCUAUUCUGCUUGCAAAGUCCUUGAAAAGCGAAGGCCAGGCACCAGCGUCUGCUGGGGUAAGGUAACAUGAGGCCAUAGUUGGUUUUAAGUUAUUAAAAGUACUCCUUAAACAAAAA